AUGACCCCUUCGUCAAUCUACGACCCUCACUGGGCUUUGUACCCCAAAGCUUAUGUAGCCACUAGAUCUAUAGGACCUGUUGAGAUUAAUGGCGACUUGGAAAAACCUGUUUGGAAUUCUGUCCCUUGGAGUGACUUAUUUGAGGAUAUUCAGGGAAAUGAUGCACCCGCCAACGCAAUUGGCCCAGCGAAAACGGCCUUCAAGGCCAUCUACGAUGAUGAGCAUCUCUACGUUGGCGCUCUGUUGCAUCCCUCCCCUGUCUUUCGAACGGAAGCACACUUCACCACGCGAAAUUCACCAAUUUAUCAAACAGAUUCCGAUUUCGAAGUUUUUUUUGACUUGAACGGAAGCAACCACGGUUAUAAAGAAUUUGAAGUAAAUGCACUCAAUACAGUCUGGAAUCUCAUGCUCGACAAACCCUACGAUGAUGGUGGACACGAGCACUCGGGACGGAUAGCCCACCGUGGCGAUUCUGCGUUCUACGAUGUAAACAGCCAAACUACCGCGGUACAAGUGCUGGAAGGCCGCUUAAACGAUGCCUCCAACCAAGGGGCACUGUGGUCGGUAGAAAUGGCCUUUGCCUUUGAGGACUUGGCGGCUCACCUCCCCAGUCCGGUACCGCGACCCUCACCUGGUGAAUUUUGGAGAAUCAAUAUUUCUCGAGUGGAGUUGAAAGGAGAAGUCAAUUGGACGUGGCAACCACAAAAAGUUUGGGAUCCACUUUUGAGAAAGCAUCAUGGUAAAGUUGCCAUGCACAUGCCGGACUCGUGGGGUUACCUUAUAUUCGGAGACACCGUUCUGGAGUUAGACAAUUCUUCCUGGCGAGACCCUUUAUGGCCCACGAAAUUAGCGGCGAUGAAUAUUUACUACGCGCAAUAUUUCUAUAAAAGCCUAAAUGGUUUCUAUACAGACUGUAUGGAAGAGCUCGCUGGUUAUCUGGACUUGGAAAUCACUUCUCCUUUCAAAGUUGAUCUAGUGGCCGACACCGAUCGCUUUCUCGCAACAGUGUCAGCUUCUGACGAAGACCAAGCCAUCUCUAUAUUAGACGAUCGCCUCCUACAAGUAAUCCCAUCCGCGAGAAUGUCGUCUACAGCGGUGUGA